CAAUAUCUGUCUUUGCAUUAGCUCCCUUGUCGUCUCCUUAAACGCUCGUUGCAUCUCUGGAAAAUAAGAGAUCUUCGAUUCAAGCUGCACAAUGUACAAUUGAGCUCAAAGUUUGUUCCUUUUUUUUCAUUUUUCUUUCCUAAUUGGAAUCCAAGGAGAUAAUGUCAAGCAAGGUAUGGAGAUGGGUAAUAGGUCUAACAUACAUACUCGCUGUUGCCAUGAUUUGGAUUGCUGCCAGCUUCGUAGUCCAAUCUGUGGUGGACGCCGGCGUUUCCCCGUUCUUGAUCACUUUCAUCUGCAACUCAUUGUUCGUCGUUUACCUUCCUCUCUUCGAGAUCGGUCGGUAUCUAGAAGAUGCGUAUGGGAGUAUACUGUUUUGGAGAAGCAAAAGGUCUCAUUUGCUUGAGUUGGUUGAGUCAGAGAAGGAUGUUUUGCUUGGAGGAGGCGUUGUGGUGUCUGAAGGAUCAGGGGUUGUUGUUGCGAGUGAGGAGGGUGGUAGUGGGAUUGAAUCUGGUGUGGAAAGUGUAGAGCUUGAGGUUAAUGUUACUGGUGAAAACAAAGGGUUAGAUGAGAAGGGACGUUGGACAAGGAUGCGUGUUGCUAAAGUAAGCCUUGUGAUUUGUCCGUUUUGGUUCUUGGCACAGCUCACUUUCAAUCUCUCUCUCAAGUACACAACCGUUACGUCAAAUACAAUCUUAAGCAGCUCGUCAAGCCUAUUCACUUUUCUUGUAUCGCUAAUAUUCUUGGGAGAGAAGUUCACGUGGUUGAAACUCUUCAGCGUUCUUCUUUGCAUGUCUGGGACUAUAAUUGUGAGUUUGGGUGACUCAGAAUCCAACUCAACUGCGACAGCUAAAAACCCUCUUCUUGGAGAUGUUCUUUCUCUGCUCUCAGCGGCGUUUUACGCUGUUUACAUCACUCUUAUACGUAAAAAGCUUCCUGAUGAUGAUGAAAAGAACGGCCGUUUCAGUAUGGCUCAGCUCCUUGGGUUUCUAGGUCUCUUCAACUUCUUCAUCUUCCUACCUGUUGCUCUGAUACUCAACUUUACAAAGCGAGAACGCUUCAACUCACUCACCUUGAAACAGUUGGGUCUGGUUGUCGGCAAAGGGUUGUUAGAUAAUGUGCUCAGUGACUAUCUAUGGGCAAAGGCAGUACUUUUGACAACAACCACAGUGGCAACGGCUGGGCUAACCAUUCAGGUUCCAUUGGCAGCCAUUGUAGACACCUUAGCAGGGAACAAACCAAGCUUCACCGACUAUAUCGGUGCUGCAGCUGUAAUGGUUGGCUUUGCAGGCAUCAAUAUUCCUGCAGAGAUGUUUUGUAGAUCCAAAGAGACAUGUAUUGAGUUGGAACCCGGGACUUCGUUCACAGAUCCUCCUCCUUUAGAUUCUUCAGAGACCUUAGCGUCCUAAUUGUUUCAUACUCUAAUAUCCAUGGUGCUUAUAUCGUUUUGCUCUCUUGUUUUCUGAUAACUUUUUUCUUUUUUGUUGUGAUUAGUCUGUAAAUCGUUGAACAUUGAUAUACGAAUGUGGCAGGAAAAAUAGUAAUAAUAUUGUCUG